UGGAAUUGCAAUUCUUUCAUGUACCCUUCUUCUAAUCAAACAAGCUUCUUCAAAGCAUUCGCAUUGGGUUUUAUUGGACUAAAACGUACCAUUUUAGAGGAAGUCGUUUGGCUUUACUGUAUGUUGAAGCAUGCCAGGCUUCCUUAACUUAGUUUUGUUUAGUUUAGCUCACUUGUCAAGACACGUUAAUGUAUUUGUAAUGCUUUUGCUUCAUGCCACUUCCGAUUUGUAAAUUUUAUUUUGAGGGCGCGGAGGGGGUAGCUCAGUUAACAUUAGAGUGAUUACAUUUAAUUUUAUAAGAUGUUUCUCGACUUGUCUUAAAGAUGUGACAAAUACUUUUGACUGAAGGCUAACGCAAUCCCAAAGAUCAAAUCAAAGUGUGGAGACGUGGAAGAUGAGUAGAGCAAAUCCUGGCCACAACGACCAACUGAAAAACGAAAGAAAAUGAGUUGUCUUGCAGACGUCACUGGAGAAGAUCUUCACCCUGAGAAGUACGAGCCCCUCUACAUUAAACAGGAGGAGUCAAAGAUGGUGUACAUCAAACAGGAGUUGGAGCCAGAAACCCCUUACAUUAAAGAAGAACAACAGGAAGAGAAAAUCACCACAUUUCCAUUGUCUGUCAUUGUGAAGAGUGACGAAGAUGACGAGAAUGGAGUAGCAAAACCUUCGAGUGACAGCGCAUUUCAGCACCCGACAACAAAAGGAGAUGGACAAUCGCAACCGAACGGCCUUCUAGCUCCGCUUUCGGACAGCAACGACGUGACAUCACAGUCUUCUAGCACUAAUGAGGAGGAUGAUGACAGUAACAAAAAUGCUUUGAAAUCCUUCAGCAAGUCAGCAUUGAAAAAAGAUGCAAAAGAAUGCGCGCUUGGGAAACCUUUUCUCUGCACAUUUUGCGAAAAAAGGUUUUCACAGAAGACUGAUUUAGAAAGACAUAAGCGUACACACACUGGAGAAAAGCCUUUUCUCUGCACAUCUUGUGAUAAAAGAUUCACUGACAAGGGAAAUUUAAAACAACACACAAGAACACACACAGGAGAGAAGCCUUUUCCCUGCACACUUUGCAAUAAAAGAUUUUCUCUGAAACCUCAGUUAGAAAGGCAUAAACGUACACAUACUGGAGAAAAGCCUUUUGUAUGCACAUGUGGUAAAAAAUUCACCGACAAGGGAAAUUUAAACAGACACGCAAGAACACACACUGGAGAGAAGCCUUUUGCCUGCUCGCUUUGUGAGAAAAGAUUUCGUUGGAAGUAUCAGGUGACAAAACAUAUGCGAAUACACACUUGAGAGAAGCCUUUCACCUGCUCAGUUUGUCAUAGCACUCAUUAGAAUUCAUGAAUUUAGUUUUUUAUUACCAUGGUAUUUGAGUUCAUUAUUAUGUUCCCUGAUUGAAGUAGUGCAGCGGAAUCACUUUGUUGGAUAAAGUCAACAUAUAGAUUUACGCACAAAAUUCUGACUCUUCAAAAUUGAGUUGUCGGUAGUUAUAACUCGGAUUCAGAUUUAUUUUAUGUAAUCAGAGUUGGGUAGUAACGCAUUUUAUUUACUUGAGUGACUUUUUGUGAAAAAUGUACUUCUUAUAGUAGUUUUACAAUGCAACUUUUUACUUGAGUAGAUUUGUGAAGAAUAAACACUACUCUUACUCUGCUACUUUGGGCAGCACAAGUCGUUACAUUUUUGCUCUUUAUUCUAAAUAUUAUUUUUGCUAGAGAUGCUGACAGAGGCUAUCUUUCACCAAUGAGACGUUGCGACAAUAGCGUACCGCAAGCAACACGUCACUUCCGCUCAUUUAUAUUCAUGGCGUUAGCUACUGCUGCUAAGUGGGGGACAUACGGGAGCUUGUCCCCAAUAGUAAAUGAAUGGAAAUCAUGUACGAAGGAGAUGUUUACAGAGCUAAACUUACCAAUUCUCCCCAAAAAUGAUGUUCCUGGUGCCAAAUUCACUAGCAAAGAUGUGGAAGAACAUAAAAAUGUUCAGUUAAAGAGAUGGCUUGAGUGUCAAGGGCAGAAAAAGACUAAAUAAACGAGCCGACCUAAGCAUAGUCUUAGCUUUUUUAUCGACACUUUUUUCUUACGUGACUGACAAUUACUUUUCCUGUUUCAACAAGCUAUAUAUUCAGGGGUGCACAUAAUUUUUUUGCCCAGGUUCUCAGAGGAGGACCUGGAGAUGUGACUUGGUCCUCAUUGAGCUUGAGAGCCGACCCGCCUGAUGCGAUAAAUUUAUGACAAGCUUUACUGAGAGCCAAUUAACAUUAAUUAAUUAUAUUAACAAUUAAUGCUUGAUUAACAUCAACUGGCACAACAAAAUUGCCAUUACUAUGAAGUGAAAUGUAAAGAAAUAAAAAGCACCAAUUCAAAAUAAAGGGCAUUAUGCGGCUCCCACAUUAACUCCAAGCCUUUUUAAAAGUGGGAUGUCCUCCUCAUAAGACCUCAUUGAACGUGCAUGUUUAGCUUUGUAAAAUGCGAGCAAA